GGUGUACGAGCGGCACGGGGAGCCGGCCGACGUGCUGCAGUUAAAGGACCUAGAGCUUGGAGAACUAGGGGGUUCUGGGGUCCACGUUAAGAUGCUAGCCGCCCCCAUCAAUCCAUCAGACAUCAACAUGAUCCAAGGGACUUACGCCCUUCUGUCUGACUUGCCUGCAGUAGGAGGAAAUGAAGGUGUUGGAGAAGUAAUAGAAGUUGGCAAUCAUGUGACUUCUUUGAAGCCUGGUGAUUGGGUAAUCCCAGGAGAUGCAGGACUUGGAACGUGGCGAACAGAUGCAGUGUUCACGGAGGAAAAGUUGAUGAAACUCCCAGGUGACAUCCCUUUGCUCUGUGCUGCCACUCUGAGUGUCAACCCCUGCACAGCCUAUCGGAUGCUAUCUGAUUUUGAGACCUUGGGGCCUGGUGAUUCUGUUAUCCAGAAUGCAGCCAACAGUGGUGUAGGACAGGCUGUCAUCCAGAUCGCAGGAGCCAUGGGCAUCAAAACAAUCAAUGUUAUCAGAGACAGACCUGACCUCCAAAAACUGGUAGAUAGACUGACGGCACUUGGUGCGGACUACGUCAUCACAGAAGAGAUGCUGAGAAAGCCAGAGAUGAAAGAAUUAUUUAAGAAAGUCCCAAAGCCCCGGCUGGCUCUGAACUGUGUUGGAGGGAAAAGUGCUACUGAGAUGUUGCGCCUUUUACAGCAUAAAGGGACCAUGGUUACAUAUGGUGGAAUGGCAAAACAACCUGUGACUGCCCCCGUGAGUGCAUUAAUCUUCAAGGAUGUGAAGCUGCGUGGGUUUUGGAUGACCCAAUGGAAGAAAGACCAAGCUCAUAACAAGGACAGACUGACUGGAAUGAUUCAGACUUUGUGUGAUCUUAUUCGUAAAGGGCAGCUCAGUGCUCCAACCUGCACAGAGAUUCCACUGAAGGACUACCUAAUAGCCAUAGAGGCUUCCAUGAAGCCAUUCAUCUCAGCGAAACAGAUACUUGUUAUGUGAUCUUCAGCAAUGGAAUAUCAUCCUUGUUUCCAGAGGAUUUUUAAGAGGGGGCUGAAUCAUAGUCAGUUCUGGUCAUAUCAGAGACCCUGUAACUGGCUCCCAGCUGGUUUCAGGGAUGUUGCAUUCAGUGAUCUUGUCUCCUGAAGAGGAGGAAUCUCUAAAAUUUGUCAGUUGAGUUCACUUGAAGAGUACAAAAACCCACUCUGAAAUUUUGUGUGCACUGAACAUGAUUCUUGGAAGCAAAUUAUCUGUUUUUGGAGCUGAAUGCUGUUCUUUCCUCAGCUGAAAUUAGUUUCAUUGAAAUAAAGUCAGUAGUUUCUAAGGAGCAACCCCAGGGAUCCUAAAAAUGUGAAGGGAAAACCAAUCCACUCCUGGAUUAUUGCUUACUGAAAUUGGCAGUCAGCAAGGAGACAGAUAGAAGCAGGUUUUGCUGGUUGUGCAUCUUCACCUACUCUGGAAAGCAACAGGGCUCCCAGGAAAUUGUCAGUGCAACCUUUUAGUAUAAAGUUGACCAUCCCAGAGCAUGCCAUUGGCAAGGAAGCCUCUCUUCCUUUCUCCAUGGCUGGUUCACCUGAAGAUACUUCCAGAAAUGAAAAACUGACCUGGGUCAAACCCCCAUGCCAUCAUCAUAUACAUUACUUAGCAGGGGGACUUCAUCUAUAAUUUGCUAGUAAGGUCAGAGCUAGAGGUGCACUGAUAUACCAGUCCAUAUCGGAUCAGCACUGAUAAAAGGAAAAUUAAUAAUAUUGGCAAUCAGCUUUUGUUGGCCAAUAAUGUCACCGAUAAAUGUCGCAUGCAUGCACGUGU